AUGGAGGCCAUCUGGAUCUACCAAUUCCGGCUGAUUGUGAUCGGCGACUCCACGGUAGGCAAGUCCUGCCUCCUGCACCGUUUCACUCAGGGCCGCUUUCCCGGGAUCCUGUCCCCCGCCUGCGACCCCACGGUCGGCGUGGAUUUCUUCUCCCGACUCCUGGAGAUCGAGCCCGGCAAGAGAAUCAAGUUGCAGUUGUGGGACAUGGCCGGACAGGAGAGGUUCAGAUCAAUAACUCGAUCUUAUUACCGCAACUCUGUUGGUGGAUUUCUGGUAUUUGAUAUCACAAACCGAAGAUCUUUUGAACAUGUGCAAGAUUGGUUAGAAGAAGCCAAAAUGUAUGUGCAGCCAUUUCGGAUUGUAUUUCUGUUAGUGGGACAUAAAUGUGAUCUAGUGUCGCAACGUCAAGUUUCAAGGGAAGAAGCUGAAAAAAUGUCAGCAGCCUGUGGUAUGAAGUAUAUAGAGACCUCGGCAAAAGAUGCUACAAAUGUUGAAAAAUCUUUCACAAUUCUGACAAGAGAUAUAUAUGAACUUAUUAAAAAAGGAGAAAUUUGUAUUCAAGAUGGCUGGGAAGGUGUUAAAAGUGGCUUUGUUCCAAAUAUUGUGCAUUCUUCAGAAGAAGCAGUAAAGCCUAUGAAACAAUGUAUUUGCUGA